GUUUGUGCCUGUUGUUUUGUUCCAAGAUAUAGUUUGCUAUCAGUUUGUGCUCCCACUGUGCAUGUGGAUUGGUUUCUAAAACCCAGAUCCCACUCCUAGCUGCAGAACACAACAGUAUAAAACUGCAUCUUCCUCCAAGUGCUACAAUCUGACUAUAUAUAUAUUCUUUUGUCCUCCUUUGUAAGUCGUUUUGGAUAAAAGUGUCUGCUAAAUGAUUAAUGUAAUGUAAAUGUAAUAUUUAAAAAAAAAGCACAACAACUAGCACUUAUUUUCUUGAUUUGUCAGCCAUUAUUUACAAGGUAAGUGACAUCAUAACCCAACUUUAGUGUAGUUUUGGGAAAGAUGGGUUUUGGUUUAUUGUCUGUCCUUUGUUGGUGGUUUUAGUGAUUCAGCUGUGUCCCCUGCUCCCAUCGGCCCCUCUCUAUAGACCCCAGGAAUGUCACACACUCUCAGACAGACCCCAACAGCUGUAAGGAGAGAGAGCACACAUGGCACUGGCUAUUUUUAGAGUUCAUUCAGACUAGAACAUCUCUCUCCUUCUCUUUCCCUGGACGUGGCUGUUCCUUCUGGAUCUCUCCUCGGCUGAAAGUUCUGGAGAAGUUUCCCAGCGGCCGUGCCAGUUCAUAAGUACCCGAGUCGAACACAGGACCGAGCAUAUAAACAAGGAAAAGAGUCCCAACGAUUAAAGUGAAAAUCAACCUGAAUAUCUAAUAGGCCAACAUGGCUCUAAUGUGUUACAACAGAGGCUGCGGGGGUCGAUUUGAUGCUGACAAAAACUCAGAGGAUGUCUGCCAGUUUCACCCUGGAGUGCCAAUCUUCCACGACGCCUUAAAGGGCUGGUCCUGCUGUAAAAAGAGGACGACAGAUUUCUCGGAGUUCCUGUCAAUCAAGGGUUGCACUCGCGGGCGCCAUAGUAAUGAGAAGCCUCAGGAGCCUCUGAGACCAGAGGUGACGUCUGAGAAGGGAGAUGUGAAGCAGCACGGUGGAGAGGAACUUAUAUACCAGGGACCCAAAUCUGCAGAAGCCCUGGAAAAAGAGAGACCCAGCUCAGAUGAGCCAAAGACAAAGGUGCGGGUGAAGAUCGCUCCCUCUCUGGCUCAGAUCGCAGAGAAAAUGGAGAUCACUGAGAGAGAGAAGAGAGAGAAGCUAGAGAGUCAAGUCAUCUUGGUUGGGGUGAAGUGCAAGAAUGCAGGAUGCAAAACAAUUUACCAGGGUCCAGAGACAGACGCAGAGAUCUGCACAUAUCAUCCCGGAGUUCCUGUCUUCCACGAAGGAUACAAAUACUGGAACUGCUGCUGCAUAAAAACCACCGACUUCAACGCCUUCCUGGAUCAGAAGGGCUGCACAACAGGAAAACACUGCUGGAUCCCCAAACAGGACAAAAAGAAGGUGGCUUGCAGGCAUGAUUGGCACCAGACGGGAAACCAGGUCGUGGUCACAAUCUACGCCAAGAACUCCAGUCCAGAGCAUUCCUACGUGGAGGCAAACCGCACAGUGUUAACAUGCCACAUUCAGUUUGAGGGGGACAAAGUGUUUCAUAAGGACAUCCACUUGUGGGGGGUGAUUGACGUAAAGAGCAGUUUUGUGAACAUGGUGCCCUCUAAGGUUGAGGUGACCAUGCAGAAGGCUGAUGCUGUAGCCUGGGGGAAACUUGAGGACCCCAAACACAAACCUGAGCCUGAGGUCAACGAUGAGAUGAGCGCUGAACAGGAAGAGGUCAAACCCGACUGGUACAUCUCAGAUGAUGACAUCAGUGAGUCUGACUGGGAAGACGAAGAGGAGGACAAGAAAGAGAGUGAGGAGAAAAAAGAAGAAAAACGGGCAGAUGAUGGACCCCCUGAGCUAGAAGAGUCUGCUGCUGUUCCCCCAGAAAAAUGAACAUUAUUCUGAGAUUUUUGAUUCGUUUACAAGAUCACACAGGAUUUAUACAAACAUGAGGCUGCUGCUUUCAAACUGUUAGCCUUUUCUUUUCUUUUUUUUGCUUCUCACACUUUGUUUUUUUUCUACUGUAUAUUAUUGUGUUUUAAAGGUUAGCAAAGUCUUAGAGAUUUAAAAAAUAUUGCUUUAAAUGUUUGGGGUUGGUAAGAUACUUUAAAAAUAGUUUUUAAAGAUUUGUAAUAACUGUUGUGUAUUAUAUUUUAAAAUGUAAUUUAUUCCUAUGAUUGGAAAGCUGAAUUUUCAGGAAGUUAUCCAGUCUUCAGUGUCACAUGAUCCUUUUUAAAAUCAUUCUGGUGUGCCGAUUUGGUGAAACAUUUCUUAUGUUAAAAACAGUUGUGCUGAUUAUCUUUUCAUUUUCCUGCCAAUUUUAUUGAAUAAUAUUAAAGAAAAAAAAAUCUU